CGGCGGGUAUCCCAAAAGCUCAUUCGAUAUCGCUCUCCUAGUUUUUUCUUUCAUCGAAUAAUCUUUUCCUCGCUUGCAGAAGAAGUAAAUGGCCGAGCACUCGACAUCCGCGCAGCCAUCCGACACCGAGACGGAGGUGAUGCUGGACCGCAUGCUUACCCGUCUAGCUCUUGCCGAUGACUCCAAACUUGAGCAACUGCUAACGAAGAUCCUCCCCUAUUCCAUCUCUUCGCUAUCCUCUUCAUCUCCUUCUGUCCGGAAGCUGGUUAUGGAGAUUCUAACGCAUGUGAACAAACGGGUAAAGCACCGCCUGGAAAUUGGGUUGCCAGUGUUGGAGCUAUGGAAGAUUUAUUGUGAGGCCACUGGUUUCCCCAUGGUUAGAAAUUUCUGUAUAGUGUACAUCGAGAUGUGCUUUGAUCGAUUGCCUGCUGAGGAGAAAGCCAAUAUGGCGCCUGAUCUUUUAGUUAAUGUCUCAAAGCUUCCUACCCAACAUCAAGACAUUAUUUUGAGAAUUAUUUUGAAGGUGAUCGGUGAGUGCCAUUCAAGUCAGCUUGAUGAAAAUAUUGGUGUAAAAUACAAGUCUUGUGAUGGUAAGGACAGGCAACUUUUUGUGGAAUUUUGUCUCCAUACGAUUUUAUACCAACCACCAUCUCUUGGUGUUGGCUGCCCUGCUGGGCUUUCCAUGGCUCAGUCAGAUCGUAUUACAGGAAAGUUGCCAUUGAAAGGAGAUGUGCUGCUAAAGAGAAAGCUUGGGAUUUUGAAUGUUAUUGAAUCAAUGCAGUUGACUCCUAUGGUGGCCUAUCCUAUUUAUCUAGCUGCUUCUUCAGACAGUCAAGAGCAUGUUGCUAAAAGAGGAGAGGAUUUUCUGAAGCGCAAGACUGCUGGUGUCAAUUUAGAUGACCCUGAUUUGAUAAACAGAUUAUUUAUUCUAUUUAAUGGUACCACCAGUGUCGAAAGCUUACCUACUGAUUUCCGGGUAACCCCUGUGAACAACACACUUCGUUUGCAACUUAUGACUGUUUUCUGUCGUUCAGUUGCUGCUGCCAAUGCCUUCCCAUCUGCACUUCAGUGCAUUUUCAGCUGCAUAUAUGGCAUUAAUUGACCGAUUAAAACUUAUGGGCCCUGUUAUCCUGAAUGCAAUACUGAGGCAGCUUGAUGGCUCCUCACUUGCUGAAACAGAUGCUAUUGCCAAAGAUGCUAAAUCUUUUGCUUUCCAAGCAAUAGGUCUGCUUGCUGUUCGCAUGCCCCAACUUUUCAGAGACAAAAUUGACAUGGCUGUUCGGUUGUUCACAUUGUUGAAAUUGGAAGACCAAUCUCUUCGCCUUACCAUACAGGAGUCAGUCACUUCACUUGGAAUUGCAUACAAGGAUGCUCCAUUGGCUGUGCUAAAGGAGCUGGAAGCAUUUUUGCUAGAAAACUGUCAAGCGGAGCAAAGUGAGGUACGAUUCUGUGUGAUGAGGUGGGCGACAUCCUUAUUUUGUUUACAUCAUUGCCCUAGCCGAUACAUUUGCAUGCUUGGAAAUGAAGACACAAAGAUGGAUAUAAGGGAAAUGGCUCUUGAAGGCCUUCAUCUGACCAAGGAUCAAGAAUUAUUGAAUAGUGCAGAUGAUAAUGCCAAUUAUCCUAAGUUGAAAGAUAUGCUUGACUACAUCUGUUUGCAGCAGCCAAAAUUGUUAGAUUCUACUGAGCAUAGGGAGAAGGGACUUCUCUUUCCUUCAAAGACUUAUUUUGCUAUGGUUAGGUUUUUGUUGAAGUGCUUUAAGGCAGAUUGCAGAAUAUGUGAUUCUGUAACUGAUGAGUUCAGAGCUACAGUACUGACUUUGUGCCAAGUGUUGGAGCAUGGAAUGGCUUUUGAUGGAUCUGUUGAGUUGCAUGCUGCUUCCAUGAAGGCUUUAGUUGAGAUUGGUUCUCAUCAGCAGAAGUUGGUGGCAUCCCGAUUUGCAGGACGCUUGCCUUGGUUAAAGCUUCUCUUGGGUCAUGUUGAUUUUGAUACUCGAGAAUCUGCAUCAAGGCUAUUGGGAAUAGCAUGUUCUGUAAUUUCUACCACCGAAGCUACUGCUCUAACCACAGACCUAGUUUCCACAAUAACUCAAACCAAAUCGUUGAGGUAUGAAAAUCAACAUGGGCUUUUGUGUGCAAUUGGGUAUGUUCUAGCAGAGUGUAUGAAGGAAGUUCCCAAAAUUUCUGAAUCAUUGUUUUCAAGCAUAGUUAACCAUCUUGUAAGUGUGGUCGAGUUGGAAGCCUCCUCUUUAGCCUCAGUUUCUAUGGAAGCCCUCGGUCAUAUUGGGCUACGUCGUCCUUUGCCCAAUGAUAUCAAUCAUGAUGCAAUCUCAGGCAAUCUAUUACUAAUUUUGCAUGAAAGGCUAAGAAAAUUGCUUGAUGGGAAUGACAUCAAAACUAUUCAGAGGAUUGUUGUUGCUCUUGGGCAUAUUUCAGUGAAGGAAGCAUCAAUAUCUCACUUGAAAAAUGCUCUUGAUUUAAUUUUUGGUCUUUCUCGGUCGAAGGUUGAAGAUGUACUCUUUGCUGCUGGGGAGGCUUUAUCAUUUAUAUGGGGAGGAGUACCUGUGACUGGAGAUGAGAUACUGAAAUCAAAUUAUAUUUCCCUUUCUCAGACAUAUAACUAUCUUUCUAGUGAAAUUUCCUCAGUUUCAAUGAGAUGGAGCUCAUCUGAGCUUAAUGUUGAUAAUGAGUCUCGUGCUUUGGCAAGAGAUCUGAUAAUAAAAAAACUUUUUGACGAACUACUUUAUAGUAACAGGAGAGAAGAACGCUGUGCAGCAACUGUCUGGUUAGUUUCGUUAACCAUGUACUGUGGUCAUCAUCCUAGGAUCCAGCUUCUUCUUCCAGAAAUCCAGGAAGUAUUUUCACACCACCUUGGCGACCAGAAUGAACUUACACAGGAAUUGGCUUCUCAAGGCAUGAGCAUUGUGUAUGAACUUGGUGAUUCAUCUACCAAGCAAGACCUAGUUAAUGCUUUGGUAAAUACCUUGACAGGUUCAGGGAAGAGGAAGAGAGCUAUUAAGUUGAUGGAGGACUCUGAAGUAUUCCAGGAAGGAGCUAUAGGUGAAACUCUUAGUGGAGGAAAACUCAGCACUUACAAGGAACUUUGCAACUUAGCAAAUGAGAUGGGGCAGCCUGACUUAAUCUAUAAAUUCAUGGAUCUAGCUAACUAUCAGGCAUCUCUAAAUUCCAAAAGAGGAGCUGCCUUUGGGUUUUCGAAGAUAGCAAAGCAAGCUGGGGAUGUACUUGAGCCACAUUUGCGUGAACUGAUACCUAAACUAGUUCGCUUACAGUAUGAUCCUGAAAAAAAUGUUCAGGAUGCAAUGGAAAACAUAUGGAAGUCUCUUGUUGCAGAUUCAAAGAAAGCAAUUGAUGAACAUUUUGAUCUCAUUGUCGAGGAUUUGUUUGCGCAAUCUGGAUCAAGACUUUGGCGCUCUCGGGAAGCUUCUUGUCUUGCCCUUGCAGAUAUUAUUCAAGGCCGAAAAUCUAGUCAGGUAUCCAAGCAUUUAAGAAGCAUAUGGAUGGCAGCUUUUCGUGCUAUGGAUGAUAUUAAGGAAACCGUCCGAAAGUCUGGUGAUAGUUUGUGCCGUUCUGUGACUUCACUGACUAUCAGGCUAUGUGACAUUUCUCUAACUCCAAUAUCAGAUGCUAGUGAAACUAUGAAUAUUGUUCUUCCUUUCUUACUUGUUGAAGGGAUAGUUAGUAAAGUUUCUAGCAUACAAAAGGCAUCAAUUGGCAUUGUAAUGAAGCUUUCAAAGGGUGCUGGAAAUGCAAUCCGUCCAUAUCUACCUGACCUUGUCUGCUGUAUGCUGGAAUGUUUAUCAAGCCUUGAAGACCAAAGGCUCAAUUAUGUCGAGUUGCAUGCAGCAAAUGUCGGAAUUCAUGCAGAAAAACUGGAUAAUUUGCGGGUUGCUGUAUCUAAAGACUCUACAAUGUGGGAAACCCUUGAUUUGUGCAUAAAAGCUACUGAUAAAGAAUCAUUGGAAUCUUUAGUUCCACGUUUGGCCCAACUUGUCAGGUCUGGAGUUGGACUGAAUACAAGGGUAGGAGUUGCCAGCUUCAUUACUUUGCUAGUACAGAAAGUAAAAGAUGACAUAAAACCUUUCACUAGCAUGCUUUCAAAAUUAUUGUUUCGAGCUACUCUGGAGGAAAAACGUGGUGCAGCAAAGCGUUCCUUUGCUGCUGCCUGUGCCAUCACCCUGAAGUAUGGAAGCCCUUCUCUAGCGCAAAAACUAAUUGAAGACACUGUAGCUCUCCAUUUGGGUGAUAGAAAUUCUCAGGUUUCUUGUGGAGUUCUUCUUAAAAAUUAUGCUAAUAUUGCUGCAGAUGUUUUGAGUGGCUACCACGCUACUAUAAUUCCAGUUGUCUUUGUGUCAAGGUUUGAAGAUGAUAAAGAUAUUAGUACCUUAUAUGAGGAGCUAUGGGAGGAUAAUUCAACCAGCGAUCGUGCUACUCUUCAAUUAUAUUUGCAAGAAAUUGUUUCCUUAAUUUGCAGUUGCAUAUCUUCAUCAUCUUGGGCAAGUAAAAGGAAGUCUGCUAAGGCAACGAUUAAACUUUGUGAAACGAUGGGCGAUUCUGUAUCAGCAUCCAACCAGGUUUUACUCAAGUGUCUGCUCAAAGAAGUGCCAGGUCGGUUUUGGGAGGGAAAGGAUGUUAUUUUGCAUGCUCUAGCUUCACUCUGCUCAUCCUGCAGUAUUGCUAUUGCUGCUGAUGACCCAGUUGCCCCGGGGGUUAUUCUAAGCUCUAUACUAUCCUCAUGCUCCAAAAAAGAAAGAUCUUAUCGUGAAGCAGCCUUUGUGUGUCUUCAGAAGAUUAUUAAAGCUUUUGAUGAUCCAGAGUGUUUCAGUGAGGUUUUCCCCUUUCUGUACGAGGUGUGUGAUCAAGCUGUUGUUGCCAAAACUACAAGCGCUAAUACUGUCAACACUUCUGCAGUAAUAGGUAAUGAGCCCAUUGAAGACUCCUGUCUGGCGCUUGAGAAGGUACUGGAUUGUGUUACAGCUUGUAUACUUGUGGCUAGACUUGAGGAUGUCCUCAAAGAAACGGGAAGAGUCAUUCAUAUCCUUAAAUGUGCCAUGCUACCUGUAUUUAAUUGGACUGUCAAAUUGUCAGUUUUAUCGGCAGCUAAAGAGCUUUGUUUGAAACUGCAAUGCUGUCUGGAUAAAACAGCUGCUUCUAAUGAUAUAUCAUAUUUGAUUUAUGAGUUGUUCCAUUCUUUGGCUCCAAAGUUAGUUGAAGCAAUUCGCACUGUGAAGAUUGCCCAGUUUCAUACUGCUGCUUCAGAAUGCAUUCUAGAGAUUGUCAAACUAAAUAGAAGCAUUCCAUCCGAACAAAAGAGACUUGUGGAGUUCAAAAGCGAGGUUAUUCAUCUAAUGGAGAUCGAGAAAAGUGAACAAGCUAAGACGUUUCUUCGAAGAUCAAUUGAAAUCCUACAAGAUCUGGAGAAAGGAGAUUCCCCGCUGAUUUAAUGCGACCAACUUCACUCAGGUGCUAAUUCCAAUUGAAAUUCUACUAUUCAUUGUUCCCACGCCUAAGAAGAAAAAAACAUGCAAUGAAAUGAAAGGGGCUUAUUAUGUUGGUAUAGAUAACUAUAUAACACUUUGAUAAUUUAAUUCGUUGUUUCCAUUAUAAAGAAAUAAUUUAAUUCAUCAGAUGCAUAAAUAACACCUUGAUUGUAUUAUAAAAUUAUAUUUAUAUAUGAACUUUCUUGUGAAAAAAAAAAA